CCUCUCCCCGAACUCUACAGCCUUCUUCCCUUUCCGGUAUUCAUAUAUUAUUAUAUUGUUCCUGCCACUUUCUUUCGUUCCUUCACAGGUUUAUAUCCUUUUCUUUGCACACCCAUUGGCCCUGUACAUCCGCACCUACUCUCGCAUUCUUCUGUUUGCACUCUGUCUUGACUCGUUGGGUUUGUGUUUGCGCUGGCAGUGAUCAUGACGCAGCAGAAUGUGAUGGUUUCGGAUGCGAACCCCGGGCUCAACAUGGCUAUUUCUGCCUCUGUUUCAAACUCCUCCAUUUUCACGGCCACGGCACACAAACCGCCCUCCGCGCCCUCCGCCUAUAUUUCCAUUCCCCGGAGGAAGGUGCUCAAGAACCUCGAAAUCAAUGCUUGGGUUGACUCCAUGAGAGCCUCUUCUCCCACCCAUGCCAAAUCCACUCCUUCUCUCACUGAAGAACAUAGCUCUUGGAUUCUUCACCACCCCUCUGCAUUAGACAUGUUUGAGCAAAUCAUCGAUGCCUCCAAAGGCAAGCAGAUCGUUAUGUUCCUGGAUUACGAUGGCACGCUCUCGCCCAUCGUUAACGACCCCGACCGUGCUUUCAUGUCCGAUGAAAUGAGAAAAGCAGUAAGAAAACUCGCGAGGUGUUUUCCCACUGCCAUAGUAAGCGGCAGAUGCAGAGACAAGGUAUACAGCUUUGUUCGCCUGGCGGAGCUAUAUUAUGCGGGAAGCCAUGGCAUGGAUAUCAGAGGCCCAACAAGAUGCUCCAAAUACAAUAAAGAAAGCAAAGCAGAGGCAAUUCUUUUUCAGCCUGCCAGUGAGUUUCUUCCCAUGAUAGAUGAGGUGUACCAAGCGUUAGUUGAGAAAACCAAAUCAACACCAGGAGCGACGGUGGAGAACAACAAGUUCUGCGUCUCUGUUCAUUAUCGGUGUGUUGAUGAGAAGAAAUGGAGUGAACUGGCUCACCAAGUGAAAUCGGUGCUUAAGGAGUACCCCAAGCUUCGUCUAACCCAAGGAAGGAAGGUUUUUGAGAUUCGUCCCGCUAUUAAAUGGGACAAAGGGAAAGCCCUAGAAUUUCUGCUAGAGUCACUUGGAUUUGCCAAUUGCGCUGAUGUCUUCCCUGUCUACAUUGGUGAUGAUCGAACCGACGAAGAUGCCUUUAAGAAAUUGAGAGAGAGGGGACAAGGUUUAGGCAUUCUUGUGUCAAAAUUUCCGAGGGACACAAGUGCAUCCUACUCUUUGCAGGAACCCGAGGAGGUGAAGGACUUUCUUCAACGUUUGGUUGAGUGGAAGCAAGCAUCUCAGCGUACAUGCUCCAAAGUGUAAAUGUGUACUCUAUAUGGAUGACAUGUACAUCCAUACCCUGCCAAUUACAUAUUAAGUUCGGGGUAGGAUAUAUAGGGCUUUUUAAAUUUUUGUUCAAUUUCAGAAGGAAAACACAAAAAUGUAAGGAAAAGGAAUGACAAAAAGUGUCGUUCUUAUUUCCCAAACUCAACUGCAUUGAUGUAACCAGUCGACUGCAGAGAAAAUUUCUGUAGCUUCUCAGGCUCAUGUAAAUGCAUUCAACUAUUUCUGUUUUCCAUCUCCUAUGACUAAUUCCAUAUCAUAUGUAUAUACACAUAUUCUUAAUAAUAACUGUCUUGUUUUCGAGCCCCAAAA